AUGUUCAUCGCAGCUCACGACUACAGCUGGCUUAUCACCGAUCCCGUAGUUCACUACGCUCUCGUCGAAGCAGAUUGUAUGUUCCCGACUCCAAGCUGUCUCCGCAACGCAAAAGUCGUCCAUCGUCACGUCAUUCAAGAGCAACUGGACCACUACUGGUGCACGAUCAGUGAAGAGACCGCCAUGUUGGAGCACGAAAAGCAGGUCAAGGACGACCAUAACCGUUACAUCGCUGAACAGGUUGCCAAAGGUGACAAGUGGGAUAGGUGGGAGGUCGGCCCGCCAACAAUCAUCAACAUCAACAACAACUUCAACAACUUCAUCAACCCUACCUUCGUCGCCUUCGCCUUCCUCUCCACCUGCACCACUUCUCCAGAAAUACCUGGACUUGAUGUAGAGCUCUUGGCGGCUGAGUAUUGCCCCACGGCGGCGUCUGAGAUCUCCAAUAUCGAACGUGCGUUCAGUCUCCAGCUUAUUCUCUGCGUCACAAUCUCUCUCGGAUUUAUCAGCUGGAUGCUCUUCCGAAUUAUCCGCUUCUUCAGAUCUCUUAUCCAGUAUCUCUCCAGAACCAAGGCUUCUCUUCUUCCUCGCUGCGACCUUCCUCCACCGAUGCCCAGAACGCUCACUUCUCGACACUAUGUCACACCGAAGACGUCCUCCUGGCCGCCACGAACCGGCAAUUAUUCGUCGUUGCAAGAUGCCAUCUCCGCUGCCCCUGCCAAAAAUUCUGCUUUCCUCUCGCCUGCCGCGCAGGUUGACGAUGCACCUCGCGAGCGUGACGACCUGUCCCCUUCGUCUCCUCCUACUUCUCAGGCUCCGAUAAGAUCCUUGGAGCCUUCAACGGUCAACGGUACUGAACUUGCACCCUCCACAGCAGCCGAAGAAGAGGAUGAGAUGUGUACCAUCAUGGACGACAUGCUCACCGAGUGGGAGGCCGAGGCUUCCGAAAGUCCCCUGGAGCCUUCGACGGGUAACGUCGACAUCUCCGCGCCGCCUGUCGAUCAGGAGACUGCUCCCUCGGCUGUAGCUGAGGGCGGCCAGCUGAAGCGCAAGAUCCACCCCUUGCGGAAGAGGAGAGGUGCUGCGCCACAGCCUGCUGCGCCGAAGCUCGGUGGCGAUCAAGCCGAGUAG